CAGUGACCUCGAUCUUCGAAAUGUAGGUCAGUAGUGCUGUGCCAGUUUGACCUACAUUUAAUUACUUGUUUUGUGACAGGUGAAUUUUUGUAGAUUUUUUAGCGCGAGAGAGAGAGUGUGGAUUAUAUAACUACUAUGAGCGAGAGGACGAUGUAAUUAUAAGUCCUGUCGAGUAUUUGCAGUUCCAAUAUUAAAACGUUAAUUCUACCACUCAGGAUGAUACAACUACAGGCAGCAUCACGAAGGAAGUCUAAGGUUUUCUCUGCCGUGAAGGAGCCUCCCAGGUAAUAGGUGAAGGUACCUUCUGGAAGUCUUCCUAUCAUCCCAUCGUAUAAACCGGCUGCAUCAUUAAAGAUAAAUGCUGCUGGUCGAUCUGUUGAACCGUCGAACGGGACCAGCUGCCCAGGUUCGAAAUCGCCCACCAGGACGUUCUCUCACAAUGCGACAUGAAAAAAACAUGAUGGUGGUGGUCCCUCACCUUCCUCGGUCAUCUCCGAAGCAAGGACGUGGUUCCAAAUAUUCUGGCUGCGUGCCUGGGUGGAGGUUUUGCGCCUCUUUGGAAUCCGCAGGAGCGGACGAGCAGCGGAAGCACCCGUCUCUCAGAGGCGUUGAAAUAUUUUCGGAGAAUGUGAACAGCAAUAUCCAACACCGCUGCCACCAAAUUUGUGACGUCCAACUCGGAUGUCGACAAUUUAUAAUUUAGUUUUGAUAGUCGAUAAGGAAGAAUUUAACGUUAUCUAUGUCGCGGUAAAUUUAAAAUGUUGUUAAUUCCUUUUCUAUAUUGUUCACUAUUCGAGUUCGUUGCUGUCUUAGAACAUAAGUUGUUCCCCUGGAAAUAAAUACAUAGGAAAAACAAAGGGUUCAUACGAAUAAAACACUUGUUAAUUUCACUUUUGGGAACACUGGUUGUAUUUCGCUUGCACAAGUUAGGUUGUAAUGAAUUAAAUUUCGACGAAUCACAAUUUCACAUGUUAUCCAUAUUUUGAGUCACGCACUCACAAUGUUUAAACGACGAACCGAAAUUAGUUUUAUUAUUUUAUUAUUUGUCUCUUUUUAUAUUUUCGAUAUCUAGGUUUAAAGAUCACAAUAAUAAUGGUAAAAAAUAUGGAAAUGCGAGUUUAAACUAGCAAGAUGGUUUUUGCGGAGGUCCGAAAUCGAUUUUUGUUCGAGAGAAAAAUUUAGAUCUGUCUAAAAAACGGCGCGGAGCUAGUUUUAUAUGGCUAGGCCACGCCUAGGAAAAAUUGGGUUAGCCUAUCAUGGGUCAUAAAAUUGAAUUUAGUAAAGAACAAAGCCAAUCGCAAUUUAGGAAGAAAGGUUUGCCCACGCCCUUAUUACGCAAGAAAACCGGUUUAAAAUGGUUAUGUAUGGGAGGGGAUAAUAGUGUAGAAAAGAAGAGUUUCCAGGAAAAACGAUAAAAAUCUUAUUUGGACCACCCUUUGUUAAGUGAUUUUAAAAGGGCAAAUGGGCAUGUCAAUUUUGGUUUGACUUUUGGCUUUCAGAUGUCGAUUUGUUGGGGCGUAAGUGGAGACGUUCCCUAAGUCAUAAAUAUUGGAAUAUGAGCAUUGGGGUCAGUUAUCUGGUGACUCGAUUUUCUGCUGUUGACUACAUGUGUUUUGUAGACAAUAGGGCCCUUUUUUUGUUCCUUCGAUUUAUGAGAAAGGGCCUGGGGCCUUCAUAAGAAAUGCCAUAAAAAGGGGUUCAAGUUACGUUUUAUAGCUUAGGGUCU